UGAAAUAAUUCGCGAACUAUGCGGUCGCAUUACGAUGAAUACGCUCGUGGCGAAACGAAAAAUACAACAACAACAAUAAAUUAUAAUAAUAAAAUGUUAAAUACUAAUAAUAAUUAUAACUACAAUAACAACAAUAAUAGUAACAACAAUAGCAGCAGCAAUGGUAGCAUACCAUAUCAUGCCCGUGAAAAUUCGCUACCAUUCAGUUAUGGACAAAUUAGCAAAACAUCAACGCCAUUGAGGCCAACGGCGUCAACAGCAUCGAAGCAAACGACGUCAUCGUCGUCAUCAUCAGCGACGCUGUCACGUAGUUAUAAAAACGGUGUUGAACAUGAUUUAGACUUUGAUUUCGAUUUCGGUUUAAGUUCUGAACGCACGAACAGCAACAACAACAAUGGCAAUGAUUAUCUCGGUUCUUAUGCGAAAAAUUCGAAUGGUGUAAAUGGUUCUCGCGCUCUAAAUGAUGUAAAUUAUAAUACGUCGAAAAAACGCAUUGAAUUUUUGGAUAAUUCCGGUGGGUGUACCCAAACCUUGAGAUAUAACAAUAAUUCUGCGAAGUCGGAUGAUUUGGAUCCGACAAUGAUUAAAGUCCAGCCACGUCUCACUAGUCCUUUGCUAGUAAGAAAAACAUUAGGCGGCAGCAGUAACACGAACUCGAAUGGUAAUAGUCGAUCACCUACGCGCUCCUCAACCAACACCAUUGCAAAUACCUACCACUACAGUUAUGGCAAUAAGAAUAGCAGCAACAGUGGUGGUGCAGAUAUUGGAGACAACAUCUAUGGCUUAAAUGGCAAUUUCAGUAAUGGCAAUAGCAGCAGCAACAACAACCACAACAUUUAUGGCCGCAAUACACCAACAUAUGGCGUUGACACACUAACAAAAACCCCUGCUCGCCAUGAUUUCGAUGAAUUGCUGCGUGAACGUCGUGAGAAGGUUUUCAACGAAUAUCGUUCCACAACCCACGAGGUGUUGGCUGCCACACCUCCACCCAAUCGUUCCCCCUUGCCACCGCCAAGGCGUUUUGUCAAUGGCACCGUACAGCUGCCAUCUACCCUGCCGCCCUCCUUAAAUAAUGGGCGAGGUUCCUCAAUGUCCUCCUACUCCCAGCAUCAGGGGCCGCAGGUGCCUCAACGCAAUCCAGGGAAAUUUAAUUACGAUUUCCAAUUCAAUCUUAAUUUGGAUGAACGUGAAGACGCCAACCGAGACGGCGGGGAUUAUCUGAGGCGCCGAACCACCAGCCAAACAUUGGAUCGGUCUCCGCAGCGUUAUCGCUCACCGGAAAAUUUGGACAAUCGGCGUCAGCAUCAAACAUUGGAUCGUUAUAUGACCACCACGACAACUUCGGCAUCGAGUCAGCGUUAUGGCGAUGAACCGGAUGGUGAUAUUUUACGAAGGCGUCCCGCAAUGGAUAAUCGUGGCUAUGAACAGUAUCAAGAGAAGCAACAGCAGCAGCAGCAACAAUUGUAUGAAACACGCAACAUUCCAUUGGCCUCAUACAAUGUGGAACGUAAUUAUCACACAACAACAACAACGGCAGCAUCAGCCUCACACAAUCGCCAGGCCAUAAGUCCAAACUCAAUGUCGUCGGAUAUUUAUGCUACGCCUUAUGAUGAGGAACGACAUCACUAUGCCAACAACAACAGCAUUACAACAACAACAUCAACGCUACGCACAAAUCGUUAUGAUCAACAGCAGGCUGCUCCAUAUGGCAAUGGUCAGAUUUAUGGACAGCAGCAGCAUCAGCACGAAAUGGCCAACAAUAUUGGUCAAGCGGCGGCAGCCGGAGCAACAACACCACAAAUGGCCAGAAGAAGAGAGUCGUCACCUAUUUAUGCCACCAGUACCAAAAAGGUAACAACGACAACGGCCAACACAACAACACCAUUAUAUCGCAGUCCAACACCACAGCAGCAACUCCAACAGCAACAACAACAAAAUGCUGCCACCUCUUCCAUGGCCAUGUUAAGCAUUACGGAUUAUCAAGCCAGCACUGGCUCACCAAAUGGCACAAUUCGACCAGAGACACCAGCAUUUCCUGUUACCCCUCGGACCCCCUUUGCCACCGGCAACAGUAACAGUGCCACAAUUGGCCUCAAUGGCUAUAAUACCGCCACACUGCGUACCAACGGCUAUUCUCCACAAAAUUCCUCCGGCACCGCCACCGAGAUACAAAAUUAUUCAACGGAAACAAUUUAUGGCAGCAAUUAUAGACCCAGGCUAAAUUCCAGUCUUUCCAUGGCCAACAGCGAACCCCAGGAGGUGGCGGCACAUUUGGUAAAAUUUGCCAAAGAUUCAUCGAAAUUUUGGUAUAAACCCAAUCUCUCACGGGAGGAGGCAAUUUCAUUGUUGCUUAAUGCACCACCUGGCACUUUUGUGGUACGCGAUUCCACCACCUAUAAAAAUGCCUAUGGUCUUGUAUUAAGGGUGGCCCAACCCCCACCCGGCACCCAAUCCACCGGCAAACCCGAUGAAUUGGUACGCCACUUCCUCAUAGAACCCACAACGCGUGGUGUACGCCUCAAGGGCUGUGCCAAUGAGCCCGUGUUCACCUCCCUCUCCGCCUUGGUCUAUGAACACUCCAUAAAUCAAUUGGCCCUACCCUGCCUGCUGCAAAUUCCCGAACGUGAUAUUGUCCAGCCAUUGAUAGAGCCCAGUCCCGCCCAAACACAAUUGCUAACACAAGGUGCCGCCUGUAAUGUCUUGUGGCUAUUUUCAUGUGACACAGAAUCUCUGACUGGCGAAGAGGCCAUCCGCAAGGCCAUACGGCAAAUGAAUGCUCCCGGUAAUAAGGUGACACCCACCGAGGUCCAUUUCAAAGUUAGCCAUCAGGGUAUAACACUGACGGAUAAUACACGUAAAAAAUUCUUCCGUAAACAUUAUACGGCCGAUAUUAUAUCCUACUGUGCCAUAGAUCCCGAUCAUCGUUUGUGGACAAUGCAGGAACAUGGUAAUGACAAUACCACCGUGGUGGGUGCCUUGAAGAAAACCAUAUUUGCUUUUGUGGCUCGACGUUCGGCAAGUUCGAAGGAUAAUCAGUGUCAUGUUUUCUGUGAUUUGGCCAUAAAUCAGCCAGCCUCUGCCAUAGUUUCGUUUGUGAAUAAAACGUUGCCAACGGAGAAACAAAAGAAUUACAUACUCUGAGAGAGA